GCUUGUGCAUCCAUUGUUUCUCUAUUCUCCGUUGGUGCUGGUCUGUCAGACUGUCAAUUGGCUUUCUUGUCAUCAUUCGGUUGGGCCUUCGUCAGAAGCACCUGAAAUCGCAAAAUUUCCCUUCUGUCUACCCGGGAAUACAGUUCACUGCGAAGCAUGGUCAGAACACGCUGGUCGUCAUCUGCAACGGCGCUCUCGCUCCUCCUCAACACGUUGAGUCCCUCCACUGCAAAUGCCAUUCAGACCAUCUCGGCUGUCGGCGCCAAAUUCUUCUACGAGGAUGGCACGCAGUACUACAUCAAAGGCAUCGCCUAUCAGCUCGUUCCCGACGAUCCCCUGAUUGACACCGCUCAAUGCACGCGAGAUGCGACCCGCAUGGCCGAGUUGGGCACCAAUGCCAUCCGGGUGUACCAUGUGGAUCCCCAAGCCAACCACGACGGAUGCAUGAAAGCUUUUGCGGACGCUGGCAUUUACCUGUUCGUCGAUCUCGACACGUUCGAUACGCAAAUUAAUCAGGAUAACCCCCAGUGGGACCAGUCCCAGUUCGAUCGCUUCAAGGCCGUGCUCGAUGAGUUCCAACAAUAUGACAACACCGCGGGGUUCUUUGUCGGCAACGAAGUGCUCACCACCAAGGAGGGCUCCCCCGCCGCGCCCUACGUCCUCGCCGCAGCCCGCGACCUCAAAUCCUACCGCGACGAGAAGCACUAUCGGAAUAUCCCGGUAGGAUACUCAGCAGCUGAUAUCGCCGAAUUGCGACCCAUGCUGCAAAACUACUUGGCAUGCCGGCCCGACCCUGCAGAACGCCUGGAUUUCUUCGCGCUAAACGCCUACGAAUGGUGCGGUGACUCCUCAUAUGAGCAGUCCGGUUACCAGUCCCUCCAAGACCAAGCCGCGGGCUAUCCCAUCCCGAUUUUCUUCUCAGAGACCGGAUGUAACGUUGCACGACCACGCACCUUCGGCGACCAGGCUGCUAUUUUCAGUGACCCCAUGUCGGGCACCUGGUCUGGCGCCAUGAUCUACGAAUGGAUCGAAGAAACCAACGACUACGGCCUGAUAAACUAUGGUCCUCUCGCCCCCGACGCGCCCCCAACCAACGCCCUCGUCCAGGACGGCUUCACCCGCCAAGGCGAACCCACCCCGAUCGCUCCCGAUUUCGACAACCUGAAAGCGCAGUGGGCGACGUUGACCCCAACGGGCGUGGCCCUAUCCGACUACCGCGCAUCCACAUCCACCAUUUCCCCCCCGGAAUGUCCGGCAUCCACCCCAGGUGGCUGGGCCAUCGACCCCAGCUCUCCCCUACCCACCCUGGGACAGACCUUCCACCGCGCCGCCCCAUCAGCCUCUGCCACCACCGCUCCCGGGAUCUCAAGCGCCUCAGACAGCCCAAACAUCUCCCGCAACAUCAACCAAUCCAACCUCGGCGCAACCGAGUUGGCCUCCACCUCCCCGUCCAAAGAGGUGGUCAGCAACGGGGCGACUUCGCGGUCCGCCAUGAUGCAGCUCGGGGGGUUUUACCGCCUCAUUGAUGUAUCUUUCUUGCUUUGUGCAUUUAUGGGGGGCGUGGUCGUUUGGUUGUAAGUGAUUGGAUGGAUCAUGUUUCGAUCUUAUGACUUGACUAUGACUUCGGUGUAGUUCGGAAGGAAGGAUAUGUAGAGUGCUGUAAAACAUCGCCGUGCAUGAUAUGACCUGGUUACUGGCUAGCCGUAAUGAAAUGAAUAAAUACAUUGAUUUGUUUGUUGAAUUUGUUUCCUCUUUCCCUAAGUAACAAGGUUGAUGAUCUCUUACUUCUACUACAGUAACUUUGAAAUAUGAAACACAAGAGUAGAUCAGAAGAAAGAAAAUUGCCGAAGCAAGGAAUUAAUAAUCACUAAGCACAGACAAUAUAAGAUAAAAUAAGGGGAGAUAAAAGAAAAGGAUAUCACAC